UUUUCUUAAACUUUGUUGGGUGUUUUUGAUGUUUAAAGUCAGUAGUUUUUAAAACUCAAAGUUGUUUUAUGGUCAGACGGAUAGAAAACUAAUGUCCGUGAUAUUAACCCGAGUCUGUGUUCACAACCCCAGGCUGCUUUACUAGCGGCAGCUAAUGCUCACGGCCAGUUUGCGAUUACACUGUAUUUAACAGCUUUAAUUCGUCUUCCAGUCAUUUUUGGUCGUCAGAGUAUCGACCAUGAGCAACAGCGACAGGCCGGAAGUGGCAACGACUCCACAAAUAGUGAAGGAGGAGCCCAUUGCAGCUGGUAAAUGGUUGAAAUUGGAGAAUACAACAUAUGUGGACCCAGCUGGAAACAGCAGAGUCUGGGAGACGGUGAAGAGGACGACCCGCCAACCCAACGCACAAGUGGAUGGUGUCGGAAUAAUUGCAUUCCUGAAGCGGACGCUUCACAGAGACUGUGUGGUCCUGGUAAAGCAGUUCCGUCCUCCACUGGGAGGCUACACUCUGGAAUUUCCCGCAGGCUUGAUUGACGAGGGAGAAACAGCAGAAGCCGCUGCUCUGAGGGAGCUGAAGGAGGAGACGGGCUACAGAGGUGAAGUCGUGGGAGUCACUCCAGUGACCUGCCUUGACCCUGGCCUGUCUAACUGCACCACUCAGAUCAUCCUGGUCAACAUCAACGGUGAUGAGGUGGAGAAUAUAAACCCCACCCAGCAGUUGGGUGACGGAGAAUUUGUGGAGGUUGUUCAUCUGCCUUUGGAUGAAUUUCAGACCAAACUUGACGAUCUGCUGAAGAAAGAGAAACUCGUGGUGGACAGCAAGGUCUACAUCUUCGCCAUGGGGAUGGCCCAGGCCUUCUUCAAGCCCAGGGAGCUUCCUGUCCUGAAGCAGUGAACCCCAAACCUUUAGUCACAGGGAAAUGUCAGAGGACAUGUGUGUCCUAGUGACACCGUGUGGGCCAGAAGCCCACGUGGGCCAGAAAACCCUUCAUCUUUAAGUUAAAGUAAUGAGAAUGAACUGGUGCCUCAACCAACCAGCUACUGAGAUACAUCUCAUCUCUACAACUAGUAUCCUAUCACAAUGAGAUACCUUAUCAUUAUGAGAUACCAUCUCAUUACUUUGACUCAGAGACGUAGGAUUUUUUUCAUCACUCUCUAGAACGUUCUAGUGUGAAGAAUAAGCUGUGAAUCUUUCCAGUCUGUAUGAAUAAUGACCACCGUACUGUGGGGCAACAGUGCAAACCAACCAACCAAUCAGAGAACACCAGUCAGUGUAAAUAAACACAUCCCACCGUGAAGUACCGUUGUCGUGAAGAACCUAAAGGUACUGCACGAUUGGUCCCAGCUUUGGUGUCCUGUGAUUCAUCGGCCAAUAACAGUCCUCGGUUCUCACGGGAUUUUAUUUGUUUUUAUAUCUACAGACCUGUUUAACAUUCCUGACACAUGCUACCUAAACAUUUCUGCCUGUUGUUUUGGAGGAGGAUCAUUAACAGUUACUUAUCUGAAAACAGAAAAUUUAGUUUGAAUGUCCGUUUAUUUUAGAUUAAAACAUUUGUAAACGAAUCAAAAAUUGUUCAAUAAAAAAAAAAGAAGAACCAGAAA